AUGGAGACGACCAAUAUUGAUAAUAGUAAUAAUAGUAAUAGUAAUAAUAAUAAAAACAGAAAUAUAAAUAAUAGUAGUAAUAGCGAUAGCACAGAUAAUAGUAAUAAUAAUCAAACAUGCCCGAUUUGUCUAAGUCCAAUGACAAAUACAACAAGUGUAGUUGGAUGUCAACAUGCUUAUUGUUUAGAAUGUAUAGAUAAUUGGAUAAAGAAUAAGGUUGCAUGUCCACUUUGUAAAGCUGAGAAUGAUAAUAGAAUUAUUGAAGUGACACCUCCGCCAAAACCACAUCCAUCGACUGUAGAGGUUGACCUUGGGUGUCUUGAUCACACCUACUUUUUAGAGGAAUUGAUAAAGUUGUUUAGAUUAAGAGAUUCGGUUGGACUGAUGAUUGAAUCGGCACCACCAGUCCGCAACCCAAACAGCAAGGUCUAUUUGGCGGGUACCAAUCAAAGCGAUGCAUUGGAACUCUUGACAAUAACAGAUAAUAUGACACGACUACGUGACGAUCUCAGUCGUUUGGAACCAUUCGAUCCAGAAGAUAUAUUGUCUCACAUUUAUACCAUUGAAACAGCACUCAACGAGCUAAAAACAUUUUACACCAACCAUAACAACUUUAAAACAAGUCUUUCACAUUCCUCCAACUCUUCGCGGUACAAUGACUACUACUAUGAUGACGAUGACGAUGAAUACGAGGGAGAAUAUGAUGAAGACGAACAAAGAUAUUUGGAUGGAAUUGCUGGUGCAAGAAGACACAACAAAUCUGCAUAUGAAUCACCUUCUCUAAAAAAGCAAGUUGCUGGUUCAACUGGUGGUGGAACUCCCAAGUCAGAUGGAAAAAAGAGAUAA